CACGCAUGCAGACGCAGAUACGCUGUUCAUUGUAAUGCAUACGACGAUUACACAAAGCUGCAACACUCUGUCACUCGCUGCUGCUCCCCCACUGGUCUUGUAGCUGUAGUCCACUCAUACCUGCAGAGUACUGAUUCCUCUCCACACUGUCAGCUCAGCUGAGCUCUCCACUCCACAUUUCUUCUUGAUUUGGGAUGUGAUUGGCAUCUAAUGAUCACCACCAACCAGCACCCCACACCCUGACACCACCCUCCUCCCACCAAAACCAAAAUCCAAGCUAAAUCAGCCACCCCUCACUCUUCUCAUCUCACCCCAGAAAUAAUAAGCCAAUCCUUGCCCCCACAUUGCCCCCAAAUCCAACUCUUUUGGGCCCAAUCACCUCCCAAAUCCACCUUUUAUCAUCGCUCCAUCCUGUCCUAAAUCCCCUCCCCUCCAAAAGUCCGACCUUUUCCACUGCAUCCUUUUCAGAGACCAACCUUGGCCAGUGGCCACUUUGAUUGCCAGUUUAUUGGUCCCUGUAGAAAUCCAGCCUUGCGGCACCGCAUCCCCUGCAAAACCGCGAUCUUUUUGUGUUCAUUUUCACUAAAAAUCUGAUCUUUUGUUGCGCUCAAUUCUGCUCGGAAUCCGGGAGAUCCACCGGUGAGCUGAGCACCAGUAAGAGCUCCGAUGUCGGACUCGGAGCUGUCCCAGGGCACGCUGGUGUUCGGGCUCCACCUGUGGGAGCUGGUCGGCAUCGGCGUCGGCGCUGCCUUCGUGCUCCUCCUCGUCCUCCUCUCCCUGCUGUGCCUUCUCGCCUCCCGCCGCCGCCGACGCCACCGCCGGCAAGUCCCGGCUACCCCCGUUCUCUACCUCGCCGCCACUGCGCCCAAUGGCCACCCCAAGCACCCCGCCAAGCCCGCCAAGGACAUCCAAGAAGUGGCCUCCCGCGCUGCCGCGGCUCCCACGCCCCCGGCCAAGGCGCCGCUCGCGCAGGUGCUCCAGGCGCCGCCGCCAGACUCCAUCCAGAUCGAGACGGGGAAGGAGCACCGCAUCACGUUCCCGGAGCAGCCGCCGCCACCGCACCACCAGCGGAGCGGGGGGCCGUCGUCGCGGGGCGCCAGCGGCGAGAGCCGCGGUGGAGGCGGGGAGCCAGGGGUGCCGGAGGUGUCGCACCUGGGGUGGGGGCACUGGUACACGCUCAAGGAGCUGGAGGCCGCCACGUGCAUGUUCGCCGACGAGAAGGUGAUCGGCGAGGGCGGCUAUGGCAUCGUGUACCACGGCGUGCUCGAGGGCGGCGUGCAGGUCGCCGUCAAGAACCUGCUUAACAACAGGGGGCAGGCAGAGAGGGAAUUCAAGGUGGAGGUGGAAGCGAUUGGGCGGGUGCGGCACAAGAACUUGGUGCGGUUGUUGGGAUACUGUGCUGAAGGGAACCAAAGGAUGCUUGUGUAUGAGUAUGUCAAUAAUGGAAACUUGGAGCAAUGGCUCCACGGUGAUGUUGGUCCUGUGAGCCCUCUUACAUGGGAUAUCAGAGUGAAGAUUAUUCUGGGAACAGCAAAAGGCUUAAUGUAUUUGCACGAGGGACUUGAGCCAAAGGUGGUUCACCGUGAUGUCAAAUCGAGCAAUAUCCUCCUUGACAAGCAUUGGAAUGCUAAGCUUUCUGAUUUUGGGCUAGCAAAGCUUUUGGGUUCAGAGAGGAGUUAUGUCACAACCAGGGUCAUGGGGACAUUCGGGUUAGACAUCAGGACACUAAUUAUAAAAUUAGGAUCACACAAGAUAAACAAGAACACAGUGGCUUAUUUUUAUGUUGUUACUUGCAGGUAUGUUGCACCAGAGUAUGCGGGCACUGGCAUGUUGAAUGAAACUAGUGAUGUCUACAGUUUUGGAAUCCUUAUUAUGGAAAUAAUAUCUGGUCGGGUACCAGUUGAUUACAACAGGCCACCAGGGGAGGUUAAUCUUGUUGAGUGGCUGAAGACAAUGGUCAGCAACCGAAAUUCUGAAGGGGUUUUGGAUCCGAAGAUGAAUGAGAAGCCUACAUCAAGGGCAUUGAAGAAGGCUUUGCUAGUGGCUCUACGGUGUGUAGAUCCUGAAGCUUGUAAGAGGCCAAAGAUUGGGCAUGUCAUUCACAUGCUUGAAGUUGAUGAUUUUCCUUACAGAGAUGAACGUCGAGGUGGCAAAGCUCCAGCUCAAGCAAGAUCGGUCGAAACACCUGCCAGCGAUCCUGGCGGUAGCAGUGGGAACAACACACCGAAAGAUGCACCGAAAGGAGGAGAACCUUUCAAAUGGAGACAUCAAGAGGCCUAGCCAUCAAGAGAGUGUUGCCUAUUUCUAAUCCUCACGCCUGAUCAAGAAGCUGGACGCUGCAAAGUUGCAAACAGCUCAUUUGCUGUUUCGCAGUCGGUCGGGUGUUGAACUGCGGAAGGCACCUAUGGUGAUCAUCAUGACAGUAUUUGUACAUUGCCGGAUUAAUAUAUUAGCCAUAGAGAUUUUUUUGUUGGUUUCUUCUGGGUCAUAUUUAUGUGAGAGAUGAUUUUGUAUGAUAAAGGCGUGUACCUUGGAUGUAAAAGUUUAGCAUUGCUAUAGUUGAAACCAUUUCAGUAGGACUAGUUAGGUGGCCAUGCGUUGUAACAGAAUUCAUAUUUUACACAAAACGGUUUCAUGUUCUACAUAAAACAAUUGUUUUGGAUUCAUA